ACCAAAUCCCACUAUUUCCUAUCUCUCGCGUCGCGCCGCGCACUCCCAAACCAAAUCCCAACAGAGAAGCAUUUCCUCGAACACAUCGCCGUCGCCGCCCUCCAUGGCCGCUCCCACCGCAGCAGCUCUCUCCACCCUCUCCACCGCCAGCGUCACCUCCGGCAAGCGCUUCAUCACCUCCUCCUUCUCCCUCUCCUUCUCCUCCCGCCCCCUCGCAACAGGCGUCCGCGCCGCGGGGGCGAGAGCGGCGCGGAGGUCGGCGGCGUCGGCGUCCACCGUGGUGGCGACCAUCGCCGUCGGAGACAAGCUCCCCGACGCGACGCUGUCCUACUUCGACCCGGCGGACGGCGAGCUGAAGACGGUGACGGUGGCGGAGCUGACGGCGGGCAGGAAGGCGGUGCUGUUCGCGGUGCCCGGCGCGUUCACGCCGACGUGCUCGCAGAAGCACCUCCCGGGGUUCAUCGAGAAGGCCGGGGAGCUCCACGCCAAGGGGGUGGACGCCAUUGCCUGCGUGUCGGUGAACGACGCGUUCGUGAUGCGCGCGUGGAAGGAGAGCCUGGGCCUCGGCGACGCCGACGUGCUCCUCCUCUCCGACGGCAACCUGGAGCUCACGCGCGCGCUCGGCGUCGAGAUGGACCUCUCCGACAAGCCCAUGGGGCUCGGCGUCAGGUCGCGCCGCUACGCGCUCCUCGCCGACGACGGCGUCGUCAAGGUGCUCAACCUCGAGGAGGGCGGCGCCUUCACCACCAGCAGCGCCGAGGAGAUGCUCAAGGCGCUCUGAAGAUGGAAUCCGAGCUCUCGUAGGUGGCAACAAUGGCAGGAUCAGCCCGUUGCUCUCGCGCGUUGGUGAGUAGCGUCGUCGUUGUGAAGAGGAAAUUUUGUGUGUGUUUUUUUUCGGUUGAAUGUUGCAUGCCAUGUGCUUGACGAAAUGACGGAAUAACAAAAGAAAAAAAACUACUUUUAUUUUUUUGUUGAAAUUUGCAAACCAUGUGUUUGACGAAAUGUCGAGAUAUGAAAGCUGUGAAA